AUGGCCCGCCUGAGCCUCUCCGCCUCGGCGAGACCGACGGUGUCUACGAUACCACGGUUCCUCGUCCCCUCCGUCGCCCAGACACGAUAUGCGAGCAACCAGGGGGGCAACAAGAAGACGGAGAAGAAGAAGAAGAAGGUCUCCAAGGACUUUAAGACGUACAACGUCAAGAACUGCCCCCAAUUCUCCCUCUGCGACGCCAUGCGCUACCUCCGCGCAUACGAAGUCGGCCGCCCUCCCCAGUCCAUCAAAUACGAGCUCGCCGUGCACCUCAAGACGCCACGCAACGGCUCCGUCGUCAAGAACCGCAUCCGUCUUCCGAACCCCGUCAAGUCGGACAUCCGUGUCGGCGUCAUCUGCCCCGAGGGCAGCCCGAUCGCGCAGCAGGCUCUGCAGGCCGGCGCGGUGGUCGCGGGCCAGGAGUCCAUCUUCGAGGCCAUCAAGAACGAGAACAUCACCUUCAACCGCCUCAUCUGCCACACCGACAGCGAGGCCGCGCUCAACAAGGCCGCGCUGGGACGCAUCCUCGGCCCCAAGGGCCUGAUGCCCAACCGCCGCAUGAAGACCAUCACCGACAACGUCGUCAGCUCCAUCCGCGAGACCAUGGGCGCCGACAACUACCGCGAGCGUAUGGGCGCCAUCCGCAUGGCCAUCGGCCAGCUCGGCUUCACCCCCAGGAUGCUGUCGGCCAACGUCAAGGCAUUUGUCGGCAACAUCAAGUCCGACAUCGCCGAUCUUGACACGCACAAGGAGGUCCACGAGGUGGUGCUGAGCACCUCGCAAGGCCCGGGUUUCAGCUUGAACGGAAACUUUGACUCGACGGACGAGAAGGUCACGCCGGCUCACCUGUCCAACGUCAUGUAA